AUGGUUAUAUCGCUAUCGCAAAUAACGGGAAAAGAUGCUCAAUUAGCACUUAUCUGGUUAGUAGUUUCAAGGUUUUUCGAAAUUUGUCAAAACAACCAGGUAAAAUUUUAGGAGACUUGCAACGAUGCGAAAUUCAAAACUUGGAACGAUUAAUAAGCGAAAUGUUAUGCAACAUGAUGUUAGAAGCAGUUGGUGAGUAAAUAGAAAUUGGUUUUUGUUAAAGAAAACAUGAAUCUGAGUCACGAUGUUUUGGGAAAAUGUUUUUCAGCAAAGCAAUUGUAUCGAUGAUUGAAAAAAGCCAGGCAAAUCGCGAACUUUUGUCACUCUACAUCAUGGCUCAACUUGUCUACGGUACAACUGUUUUAUUCUCUCGUCAAGUUCAAUACCUUUUCAUCGAUGCGAAUGAACUUGUCGCCGCUGUCAAAAAUCACUAUCUGAUCAAUAUGCCGAAAAAAGAAGUGAAGAAACGAAAAGGAAAAAAUGUGGAAGAAAACGAUGAAGACUUUCAAACACCAAGAAAACGUUCGAAGAAGAAGAUCAGCGAUGAUGAUGAUUUGGAUCUUGAUUGCUCUCCAAAAUUGUUGCUUUCACAAGCUCGUCCAGAUCUUAUUACACUUCGCGAACAACUUCCAGUUGCUAGCAAUCUUUUUGAUGUGAAUCUUGUUGAUGAUUUGGUUCCAAUAUCAGAUGCUGAUUUCAAUAAUAUGUAUCAACCUAUGUCAUUGUUAGUUUAUCUGAUGAAUUUUUAGAGAAAAAAAAAUAUAAAUAUGAAUUUUUUCCACAGAACAUUCACGGAUUAUCAAAAAUCGAGUGGAACUGGUGAGAAUAAUAAUGAUAAUCCAAUCGAAGAGAUUCGCAAUGCGAACUCAUUUCUCGAUGAAAACCUUCUACCAAUUCAACCACCUGAUGUCGAAUUCCUUCAACAGGCUAUCACAACCCCGGUGAAAAAUCGCUCAGAUGAUGGAAGAAUGAUGCCAGCUCCCGGUCUUGAAGAUAUUCUAUCAAUGGGAUUUGAGAAUUUCCGCAAACCAAUUUCAAACGAUUCAAUGGAUCUUGAAGAAGAAUUGGAGCAUUUGAAACAAAUGAAUCAUCAAAGAGAAGAUCAGCCGUUCAUUCCACCAUCAACACCGGAAAUUGUGGCAAGACCUGCGAGUUUCGAAUUGUCUGAUUUGACGCCGUCUGAAUUGAUGAAACAGACACCGUUGAGAACACCGGCGAAGAGAGGAAGAAAAUGUGGAGAUACACAAAUCACACAUGUAUGUUAUUCGUUUUUAUUCAGAAAGUAAUGAAAAUUCUUGAAUUCCAGACAGAAAUGCGUGAAAUGCAAAACGACUACGAUUCUCUGCUUCAAACCAGCGAAAAAUAUCGGGUCAAAAUCAAGAAAUCCUACGAAUUGAGCUUGAAAGAAUUGAUGGAUCCAAAGCCAAUUGUGAACAAGUAUAAUAGUAUGAUUUUUGGGAGGAAUUAGAAACUUCUGUCCAGAAUAAAUAACAAUUUUCAUUUUUCAGCACUGGCGCCGGAAAUCGCUGAAAUGUAUCGAAGUAUCUUGGAAAAACCGGCGAAAUUCGACCCGAAUAUGGGAACUUGGAUCGACGACAAAGUGGAAAGUGACGAUGAAGACGGAGAGAUUUCAACUGCCAAAAGUCGCCCGAAUCUUCCAAUGGUCGAAUUGGAUAUGGAGAAUUUGAAGUUCCUCGCAACACCCAUCAAAGUUCAACAAACACCACCGUAAGUUAGCUAUAAUAUGAGAAAUCCUAGAAAACAUUUUUUAGGGAAACGCCACGUCGAAAUGCGAAUGAUUUGCAACUUGAUGAAAUUCCCCAAAUUUCACCACUUUUUGCAACUCCACUUCGAUCAAUUCCGGAUAUCGAUUAUGGAAAUCAGACAAGAUUCAGUGAUUCUUUGAACAAGAUCCAAAGCCCGCUGAAUUCACAGGGGUGAGUCUAGCGAGAAAUUAAAGAUAAGAAAUAGAACACGUGAGCUAAAUGACGUGGCAAAAAGAUUAAAAAUCAUUUUCAUUUCUCAUUUUCAGCCCCUCACCCAACGAUAUUCCGGGAAGCGAGAUCCGCGAGAAGAUUGUGAAGGCUUGCGAGUAUCGAGCACCAUUUCCCGCUGCUUUGGACGAUGUUUUGAACUAUGAUGAUGGGAAAAGAAUCGCCGCAAGAACAUUCUAUGUUCUCCUAGGUUUGUGUUUUUUUAUUUUGAAAAUUGCAAGAACUCGGUGAAUUUUCUUUGGAAAUUGAUUGAUGAAAACUCUUCAAAAUCUAGUUUUAUCCGUCUAACAAUAAAUUCUAAAGAUUAUGAGCACUUUUAAAAUUAUUCAAAUGUUGAUGAAUGAAACUUAAAAUGCACCUACUUCACAAAAAAUUGAAGUUGAACAGAAAUUUCAGAAAAAAUGAAAAACUAAAAAAAUAAAAGAUAUAUGUGGCCGAGAAAUGUCGGGAAUUUGGCCAAAGCAACAAACGCGCUCCAACAAUGCGAAUUUUUGCAACAUUAGAGCGAGUUUGUUUCUUUGGCCGAAUUCCCGACAUUUCUCGGCGACACCUCUUUUUAUUUUUUCAUUUUUUCUGAAAUUCAUGCUCAACUUCAAUUUUUUGUGAAAUGAGUGCAUUUUGAGUUUCAUUCAUCAACAUUUCAACAUUUUUGAAAAUGCUCAUAAUCUCCGUUGUCGGGCCAUUCAACAAAGUUUUUUUUCGCAGAGAUGACAAAAGAGAGAAUCAUCAACGUUCCAGUCCAGGAAGAACCAUUCGGAACAAUCAAAUUCAAUUUGCGAACCGAAGACACGGAAGACGACGAUAUUGAAGAUAUCGUAAGUUCGCAAGAGAACAAUAAAGCAUUCAUUGCAUCCUCCGAAAACAGCUAA